AUGUCAAUCCCCGCCGGACAAAAUUUUUCCUUAGCCCGAACCCCCGAGCAACAAAUCGGGCGAGAUUAUUUAAAAGAAAAUCGAAACAAAGUUAAGGCAAUCAUAAUUAAUAAUACUAAAUUAUUAGAAAUCGGGAAAAAGUGGGGAAAUAAAAUCCGCAUUUUGGAUGAAAAAUCGGCUCAACUAGUUAGCCAAAUAUUAAGCAGAAGUCCUUUACAGAAAGUAAUUGAAAAUGAGAAAAACAAAGCCGAAAAAAAUAAAAUUUAUUUGUUAGUUGGUAAUCCAGAAAAUAUUAUAAGAAAAUUAGAUGAUUAUUUGUCAACUCUUUCCCCGGAAGAAAGAACCGAUUUUCACUUUGUAGUCGGUACCCCUCCGGUAAUUGGCGGAGAAAGAAAGUUAGCGAAAUUAAUUGAUUACCUUUAUAACCAAGGCGGAGAGAUAACUAAUUUAAGCAAAAAAGAAUACUGUCGCUUAGGAGUUAAUUUCUACGAUUUAAAAUUAUUACUCAAACUAUUACAACCAAUUAGGAUAAUUACUUUACAAAACAGUUAUAAGCACGAAAAAUUCGUUCCUCAUUUAUCGGGGGAGUUUUCGCUAAUUGAAAAUGAAGAAAAAAAAUUACAAUUAAAAGAAUUAAAAAUAGAAUCUUUGGCUCUCAGUUCUUUGCUUAACCUUUCCAAAUUAGAGAAAAAUAAUAACCUUGAUGAAAGAAGUUUCAAAGCAGAGAAUCAAAAAUGGUUCAAAGCAAUAAGUCGAGAGCCUAAUUUUUUUUCUGAUACAGAAUUGUUGGUAGUUUACCAGGAUAUCCUUCUUUUACAAGUUGGGAAUGAGGACCAUGUUUCGUUUUUAGCCAAAACAUAUAAAUUAGAAUACCAGGCUAUUUGCCAACAACUUUUUUUAGCAGAAAAAAAUAUUCUGGUGGUUAGUUCUCAACAGUGA